AUGGAAAAACCAAUUCAAUUUCAUGAAAUAAUGAGUGAAAUAUUAAGUGAUUUAUCACAAAAUUUUCAUACAUUAGCAUCAGGAGAUAAAACUAUAACUACAAUAAUACUUUCAGAAUAUGAAAAUAAAAUGAAUAAUGUUUCAGAUAUAAAAAAAACAAUGACGACAACGACGAAUGAUUUUUUAUUGACAAAUGGAAAUGAUUCAGCGUCGAAUGCAAUUGAUCAAAUGAUUUCAUUAUCAGUUCUUAAUCAUGACAAUACAACUAAUCAAAAUUCUAAUAUAUUAAUAUUAAAUCAAACAAGUACAACGAAAAAAAUUUCUUCUCCUAGUCGUUUUCGUACAAUUGAAAAUUUAAAAAGGUUCACAUGGAAAAGUACGGGUCCUGAAAAAUUACUACGUGCAGAAAUGAGAAUAUUUGAAACUGUAAAAUCACAAUUUCAAGGUCGUUAUAUCAAUGUUUUAAAUGAUACACAAAAAAUCUGGACUGUUUGUUCAAAUUUAACAUCAAAAAAUAUUCCUGUUGUACUUAUUCAUGGUUUUGGUGGUGGUAUUGGUUUAUGGAGUUUAAAUCUCGAUCAAUUAUGUAUUGAUCGACCUGUUUAUGCUCUUGAUUUACCAGGUUUUGCACAUAGUACUCGACCAAUAUUUAGUCUUGAUCCAGAUGAAGCUGAACAACAAUUUGUUAAUAUGCUUGAAGAAUGGAGAAUUGGAAUUGGACUUAAUGAACGUUUUAUACUUCUUGGUCAUAGUUUUGGUGGUUUUUUAAGUGCAUCAUAUACUAUACGUUAUCCAAAAUAUGUUGAACAACUUGUUUUAGUUGAUGCAUGGGGUUUUGAACGAAAACCGGAUAAUUGGCAAGAAUCACCUAUGCAACGUAUACCACCAUGA